AUGAAUAAGCUCAUCGAUGAGCUCAGUAGUGCUGGUGUCGGCUGCAUGAUCGAUGGAGUUUCUUUUAACAAUAUUAGUUAUGCAGACGAUAUGGUAUUGCUGAGCCCAUCUAUGAGUGCACUCAGGAAACUUUUAAAAAUUUGUGAGAACUAUGCUGAGUCCCACGGGCUGAGGUACAAUGCCAAGAAGAGUGAACUGCUAGUGUUCAAAGCGCAGAACAAAACUUACGAGAACGUACCUCCAAUCUGGCUAGCGGGCGCAACGCUUACACAAGUCAAGCGCUUCAAGUACCUCGGUCACUGGGUAACAGAGGAUGGUACGGAUGAUUGUGAUAUAGAUAGGGAGCGUAGGGCGUUGAUAGUAUCAGCAUGA